AUGUCGAAUCUUUUCCCUAAAAGAGAAUAGUUUAAUUAUCCACCACAGGUGGCAAACUAAGAUACAUCCUGGGCCUAUAUCCAUUCGUUCCACUCAAGAACUUUUGGAGUUUAGGACAUUGAUGCUCAGAAUUACAAAAUAGGCGCUCAAUCUCAGCAAUUAGGAGGCGGAGCAGGAUCCGGGCAGAUCAACCAGUCUUAACCAAAUAAUGCACAGAGAACAAGGAAGGAACCAAUCGAUAGAUUCGCUUCUAUUGUUGAUGCAGAGGAUCCUAGGUUUGAGAAGCAGCGCAGAGAGAAUCAAAAGACUUGGGAGGCAGGAGUCUAGAACAUGUGCUCAACCCUAACAAGAAGCAUUGAUGCCUUUUACGACAGAAAAACAGAGGUUUAUCAAAACCUAGUCCUCGCCUAAGUUGCUAAGAGAGAUAUCCACACACCAGAGGUAGACAUCAGUGAAAUCUCAGAAGAAAUCAAAGACUUGGCUUUAGCCCCAUGGCUAUUCUAGACAUUACCUGCGACAAAGCCCUCAUAAUGGACGGAUUCAUAGUAAUUACAAACUUUGGUUGAGAGACUCGAUCAACUGUAGCCAGCAGCAUUAUGGAAUGAACCUUUGGAUAUCAUCAGCGGGGGACCGGAAUUCUUUACUCAUUCUCAAGAAUUUAUCAGAAAACAAACAGAAAAGCUAAAUAAAUAGAGUUCAAUCACAGAAAAGGAAGUAGAAUUGAUUAAAACUUAGAGCAAUGCAAUCAUAAGUGUAUUUGGAAUAUCAGUUUUAAUGGCAAAUCAUGAGAGAAUCAUUAAUACUUUAGAGACUUUACAUGAGUUUUCACAAAAUUGUAAGCACUCAGAUGAAGUAUUCAAAUAAGCAGAACCAUAACUCAAAAAGUACCUUAAAUAAAUGGUUGACUUUGCUGAAAACUAGAAGUCACUUCACUAUCUGUCAUCAAACUCAAUUCACGGACUUAUAUCUAUUGCAAAGUAUAUCUCAUUCAACAACAUCAAUGAAAAUAACUGUUCAAUAACAACAGAUGGACUGUACAUUUACUUACUCAUUUCAAUUGCUUAGAGAGCCUGCAUGUAUAAAAUAGGUACUGGAGAGAAUGGCACACUUGCUGGUAAAAUCUAUCUAAACGUACCAACAGACAGAGAGGGAGAAAUCACCUGGGUAUAUUGCCAAGGCAAACUUUACUCAAGAAGAGCAAAUGAAGAGCUAGGAUUAAUUACUAUAAUUGAUCCAGUUACACUUAAACCUGAAAGUACUGCCAAGCUUUUCUUCGGAGAUGCCUAUUAAAAUCCAACUGCUUAAUCAAUGAAUAGAUACUAUCCACUUUUGUCAGAUGGAAAGAAUAUAUUCGUUGUGACUAUGCAAAUCGCAAACAAAAGAAGGAGAGUAAAGGAUGACAUGAGAAAACUUUACUAAGGACUUUAAGAUUUCAAGAAAAAACUUAAAGAGGAACAGAAGAAUGAAGCAUAAUAAAAACCAGAAGAAAAGAAGGAUCAAAAGGUCAUUGAAUCACUAGAAGAUAACAAGAAAGUCCUAAAGAAUAAUAAAAAAGAGGAAAUAAGAAAGUAGAAAUUGGAAAAGUAAAAGAAGGCUCAAGAACAAAAGCUAAAGGAGUAAGCUGCAGCCAGUGCAAAUUAAGAGGAGAAUAAAGAAGCUUAGAAAGUGUAAGUAGAUCCAGAACUAUACAAAGUAUGUGAAUUCUAUGUGCAUGAGUUUGAUGUUCAAAAUCAAGGAAGUGAAGAACUUCCUAUCUAGAAACUUCUAGAAAAUGACUUAGUAAAGGAAAUUCACAAUUCAUUCUCUGGUUUUUUCAGCUUUGAGGAAUGCUACAGAGCUUUGCAAUUCAACAACAAUGAUAUAGUGGAAGCUGUUCACUGGCUUGUUGACGAAGGAGAGAAAAAGAGAGGCAACAAGCAAUUCAACAAGAAGAGAUCAAUAAUGAUUGGCGAAUCAGAAAUCAUCAGUGAGAACCAGUCAAAGAAAAACGAAAUCGACUUAGUAGUCAAGCAUGACUCAAUACUAUAUCCAACUAAUCUUACUGCUGGUAGAUGGACUAUUUCUAAAGAUCAAAUCACCUAUCACAACUUAUCCCCUGAUAGUGGUUAUGUCAACAUAUUCUCUCUCAAAUCUGAGGAUGUUAAGAUAAUGAACAGAAAUGAAGAUAAAAAAGAAAUCCUUUUGAGUUCUCCAGCAAGAUAACAAUCAGUCAUCCUUGAUGGUUAGAACUCAGUAAUUUAUGUCUAGCAACCUAUACUAGUAAAAUCUAAUGAAGAACCUGCUGCCUCAAUAAAGAGUGAGCAAGUUGCGGUAAAGAAUUCAGAGACAGAUUCAAAGCAAGAAUCAAUAGAUACAGAAAUAUAGGGUGAUAAUGCAGAGCCACUGAAGGAAGAGGAGUUAUUUGAGGACAUCAAACUUAUGGGAUCCUUCUUAAAGUAGAUUAAGCUAUAAAGAGUUCAAGAUUUCAAUUGUGGUAGAACUCUAACGUAUGAUCAUCUCAAUGGCAAAUUUUAUCUGCUCUUGUUCUCCAAUUCCACUAAGUACAUUUAUGUAGCUGAAGACCUGCAACAAAUGGAACAUCUAAUCUAAGAGUAAUCAAAUGUUAUCAACACUAAUGAAACUAGCGUACUAAAUCGAAUUCUAACUGAGGACAUGCAAAAUUUCAAUGAUUUUGCCCUUAAAACACUAGGGAUACUAAAGGAAAUCGGAAAGAAAAGAUUCUGUAUGCCUUGGAGAUGGAGACCAUGGACUAACUUAUAUCUAUAAGUGCUAUAGCAAUGGGGAUAAGAAUAAGCAGAUAUCUCACAAGAUUCUUAAGAAUCCCGUAGCUAAAUAGAGCAAAGAAAAAAAUAGAUAAAUAAACUUGCUUCAAGGCUUGAAAAGGUCGGAUUAUAUGAAAAGUAAGCAUUAAGAAAAUAAUAUGGACUAGAAUAUGAAGAUAAAUAACUUGCUUAAAAAGUUAGCAAAUUAAAAUAGACUAAAGAAAAGAAAAAAGAGCCUACAUCAGCACCCAGAAAAUUAACAGAUUAAAGGUAGUUAGAAAGCCAACCAUGGUAAAAUAGCUCUGAGUUUUCUGGUAAUUAUGCCUUUUCUAGAGUAAAAAGUCCUGAAUUGCUAAUACCUAAAGAAAUGUAAAUGACAUAAGUAGAGCCAAAGAAGUUAUUUGCUUUCUGCAUAAGUGGAAGUACAGAUAGCUUAAAGUAGUUAAUACAAUUAAUCAAAAAGGCAGAAGACUUAGCUCUAAAGCAAUAGAUAAUGAAUCAGAUUCUUGAUUCAGUUCUAUACUCCGACAUUUUAUCAAGCCUUAAUGAACCGAAAUUGAUUGAUAACCUUUAUUAAUAACUUCUUGAUUUCAUAAAUCCCUCAAACACACACUCAGAUGAAUAAUUAAUAUAACUAUCUUGGAGAACUUUGAUAGUAGGAUGGCCAUUAUUCGCAAAGACUACAUAAAGAUAAAAUUAAAUAUUUAAUUUAAUCAUUAGUCACAGUCUUAAAGCCUAAUCUAGUGCUUCUUAAGUUUAACCUUCCCAAAAUGAAAGAUAUUAUUGUAAAAUUAUCAUUUUUUUUCUAAUCAGUUUUCUAGUCAAAUUAUUGUAUAAAGAAAAUGUUACACCUGUUGAGUUGUUUUAUUUGAGGUUCAAUUAUUACGCAUAAGUCUAAUACCCUAUCGAAAUCUUGAGUUAAUCUAGAGUUUUGAAUAACAUUCUGCUUAUUGAUAACCAAGAUGGCUAGAUAAAACCUAUAAGUAGAGAGUAAAUACCAGGAAACAGAGAUAAAUCUACUCCGACGCUUUUAAGACCAAGAUAUGAAAAGUUUUAUGAAAAACAUGGAGCAAUGAAGUACAGUAAAUGCGAUGUUUCACUUAAAGAAUGCAAGGAGUUCUAUGAGAAAGAAUAUGAAAUUGGAAAUAUCAACCAUUUCUUCUUCAGUGUGCCUAUUUAGCUAAUGAUUUGUACCCAUCCAGAUAUUAUUGAAGAUAAUGAGAACUAAAAGUAAAAGAACAUCAAAUUUGAAAAGUUAAUUAAAGUAUACUCUGAUCAAGAUUUCGGCUUUGAAAACAUUGAGGGUCAAAAGGAAAGAUUUGAAGAAUCAGUGAAAGUCAUCAAUGAGCUAAGAGAAAAUCAUUCAAGAUAAUCAAAAGAACUUCUAGAGAGAAUCUAAAACAUCAUUCUAGAUUUUAUUCUUAAACCUGAUUAAAAUCAAAAUAGUCAAGUCAUCAAUUGCUUAAUGAAAACAUACCAAGAAAUGCUUUUGCAAAACUUAGCCUAGAUAGAUUGGUCAAGAUUCAAAUAUUGCGACUAUGCUCUUGAUUCCCUCAAAUUCAUUCAUAAAUGUGUUGAAGCUUUGUCGGAUGAGACCAAUAAAUUUAAGAAAACUAUGACUGACCAAUAAGUCUUGUGGCUUUAAAACAUUUAAGAGCUAGCCUAUGGAGUUAUGAGUUUGAUAUAUACAAUUGUAGACUAUGACAUCUAUCCAUAUUUCGCAAAAGAAUGUGUCACUUACAUUCUGGGUAUUAUUGAAAAAUUCAAGCAAAUCUUUAUCAUUAGCAAAAAUGGAGACUAGGAAGGCUCAACUAAAACCCAGUCACUUUUGGAGAAAGCAUAUGUAUUUUUAUCAGAGGGUGCAGAUUUUACUUAUGAAAAAGUAUUUGAGACCCCUCACCCAUAUCCUAGAGUGGAGAAUGUUUAAAAAGAUAGCGUUUAUGUUCAAAAAGCAAUAGCCUUUUCAAUAGAAUUUGAUAAGAGAUGUUCUACUGAAAACUCAAAUGAUUUGUUGACUAUUUAUAGCUAAGACAAUCCAUUCUGGAUUAAUGAUACUUUUGGAACAUUAUUGAAAUUCUAAGGAAAACCUAUGGCGAAGCAUCCGUAUAUUGUUCUUGGAAACAGAAUUAACCUAGAGUUUAGAUCCUAUUAAAUGGGAAAGAAAAGAGGAGGUUACAGAGAAGGAAGAGGAGGAAUGCCACCUCAAUCUCACCAUUAGGAGGAUACUUAAAACAGAUGGGGAUUCAAGGUGAUCAUAAGACCCAUUUAUGGAGAGCCUCCUUAUAUUCUCACAUCAUCAUUGAAGAAAGAGCAACUCCUAGGUACCUACCAAAGAUUAGGAGGAGAAGAUAAAGUUGAAAAUAUGGUAUCACUAAUGAAUUACUUAUACUAUCUAUCCUCAAAGUUCUCUAAAACAGUAACAUCAGCAGAUCUCAAAGACUUUUAAGAUGAUUUGACUUAGGCAUAAACUUAAGCUAAUUAAGUAGGCAAUGUACAAACUGAUGAUUACCUUAAGAAAUUUAUGAACUGGCAUUUGUUUAAAGGAGGCCUUCGAACUGCAAUUAUUGAUUAACUAUAAAACCCUCAAGUCCUCUCAGAUCUUUUGAAUGAUAGCAUUUAGACCAGAGAGAAGGAAAUCGAUUUAUAAAUUAAAUAAGAUGAGAUUUUCAAGGAAGAAAAGCCAAAGGAGUCUGUGUAGGAUAAAGCUAGUACGAUUGAGGCAGCUAUUUUAAAAGAAGGAGAUAAAGUUGAAAUUGAAGAAUUUAAACCAAUUGAAGAAUACUGGUCAAAUGAACUUUAUGAUCUUCUGAAAGAUUAGUAAACAUUAGAUCUGCUAAAUAAGAAGAUUAGAGAACUAGUACCUUAUGCCAUAACUUAUUAAAAUGAGAGAAAAAGACCAAACUUCAAGAAAUAAUACCAAGAUGAAUGGCAAAAGCUUGAAUAGCAAAUUGUAGUUGCAAUGCUUUAUCAUUCAAACUCAAUUGAUGAGGCAAAGUAAUUCAUUGGAGCAAAUGCAGACUCAAAUGAGCAAAUGGAAUAAAAAUAUAAAUUAAUCGGUUCCUAAGUUAAUGAUAUACUAUCUUGGAUGCAGUCAAGACUUCAAGGAGAGUAAGACUUCCAAAGCAUGGUGAAAGAUACGAUUGAGCAGAGUUAGAAUUAUAUUACUAAAGUUAUUGCCAAGAAGAAAGAAGAAGAGGAGGAAAGAUAAAAGUAGCUUGCUAUCAAGCAGCUAUAAGACGCUGAACUUAAAGAAAAGUUAGAUAAAGAAAAGAAAGCUUAGGAGGGUCAAAAAGAGGAAGUAAAAGAUGAUUAAUCCAAAAAUUCUAAGAAAGGACCUGUCGUUUCAAAGUCAAAACCUGUAAAGCAUGCUAAGAGAAAAACCGUAGUUAAAAUGGCAGCAACUUAAGUUGAUAUUAAAAAGAUAUAAAAGGACAAAGAUAAAAAGAAGCAAAAGGAUGAAUAAUUAAAGCUAGAAGAAAAACAAAAAUCUGAAUAAGAGUUAAUUAAGCAAUAAUCUAAUCAGGCUGAAGAUAAUAAAGAAAAAGAUGCAAAAGCUGAGGAUGGUAAAAUUAAAGUAAAAUAUCUUGAACUAUACAAAUAAGAAGAAAAUGAAAUCAAAAAUAAGAUUUACAAUUAAGUUUAUGAAGAUUUCUUGCAGCUUUAUUAAGGAAAUUAAGAUAGAGUGAAACCAUUGUGUCUUCUUUUCAACAUUUAAUUCAAUCCUGAAGAUCCAAACGAUUCACUUAAGGCAAUAUUUAAGAGACUAAAAAAUAAGAUUAAAACACUUAUUGAUUUCGAUGGUGAUUUACCAAUCAGAGAAUCUUUAGAUAUUGAGGAACUAAAGCUUGAGAGCCCUUAUCAAGAAAUCUGCAAAGACGUUUCUCAAAGAAUUUAAUUACUAUUUGAAAUCAAACCAAGUGUUGACUAUCAUAGUAAGGUGAUAUCAAUGGACUAAAAAGCAAUCAGAAAGAUUAACACUCUAUAAACCUCUUCUAUGAAAAGAACUGAUCUUAUCAAUGACAAUGAUACAGAUUCUUAGAAACAGUAUACCGAAUCAUCUUACUAAGGAGAUGAUGACUCAGAUUUCUUGCCUCCUUUGGGUAUUCAAAGAUCUUAAUCUGUAUAAGUUGGAUUAUAACCUUCACUUUAAGGCAUUUCAGGGUUCUCCUAGGUUGUUAUUGCAGAAUAAAGCAAUAUGAGAGAGGAUGAAAUUAUAAAUUGGAUAGAUAAUUAUAGGAAAUGGAGAUAAUGGAAUAAAUAACAUAAUCUUAUCCACAAGCAAGGAGGCUUAGAUUUACUGGAAGAGGACCUUACCUCUCCAUUCUGCUCUCCAUUAUACUCUAUAGUAUCAUUCGCGAAAUCUAGUAAAGUUCAAAACCCUGAUAAGCUUAGACAGAGAUUCCUUAAUCACUAGAUUAGAGCAGCUUUUAGGGUAAUAGGACUUCAAAUUCAGGAAAAAAUUAUUAAACUCUCUAUGAAUACUCCAUUCCAAAGAUUCGUUUGGGGAAUUGUAAGCCAGACUUUAGUUGACUCAAGUUUCAAUAAUAUCGAAACAGCAGGAGAAAAGCUAUCAUAAAAUAUCAAUGAAAACUCCAGAAUGUUAAUCAAACAACUUAUGGGAGAUGUAAUCUAGAGCAAAAGAUACAUCGAACUUUUCAUUCAUUAAAAGGUGCAGUAGGCUCAUCAAGAAGUACAGAUAAGUUAAUAAUAAGCUUAAGGAUAAAUCUAUCUAAAUUAAGCUGAAAAGGCAAAGAGAUAAUAGCAAAUGAGUCAAUAAAAAUCAAAUCAAUAGAUGGAUGAAUGGUUCAUCUACGAGCAGCUUAAAAGACUAUUACACACAAUGAAUGAUAUUAGAGUUCUUAUGAAUUGUCCUUAUACAAGAGAGUACAUCUUAGAAAGUCUUAAGUCUGAAAGAACUUCUUCAUCUCCCUUAAAGGAAUCAUCUUCGAAGAGAUUAGACAUAACAGAUAGAUUGAACUAUGAGACUCUCUAAAUAUUCCUUAAAGCAGUAGUCUAACUUAUGCAAUUUACCUCUGGAAUUUAAUAGUUCAUAAAAUUCUCGCAUGUCUAAAAUACUAAAUUGCAGUUCUAAGUUACAAACUGCAUUAAACUUCUUUUGAAUUAAUUUAUGGCAGACAGAAGCAUGAUGAGAUCAAACGAGUCUUAAAGAUUGUUGUAAGAUAUGCUUCUAGAUAUUAUUGUCCAACUACUUGAAAAGCAUUGUGGAAUUAAGCCUUAAAAAUCAAGUAAAGGAGAUGAGGCUCAGGCAUAAAAAAGCUCAAGACCUAAUUAGUUGUCAAGCAGACAUUAAUACCAAGAAGAGCUUGUUCAACUUUUGAAGAUAUUAUCAGAGGUCAUAAGAAUAAGCAAUGACCACCAGAAAUAAAUGCAAACCCUUUAAGGAAUGAGUGACGUAGACUCAAACAAAGAUGCUUACUUCUUAAGUGAGGGCUCAGAGAAAGUUACUAGAUGUGCUUAGAUUCUUGCUUACCUUAUGCAUAAUACUGAGAUUCCCAUUGUAAUGAGAUAGACUAUUAAGUGUGCUAAACUUUUCUUUAAACUAGUAGAUUUCAGAAAUCUAACACUGCAUUAUCCUAAUGUACAAGUAUCCAGUGACUAGCCCUCUACACUUGCUGAGUAAACCAGCAAUCAAUUUUUGUUAGAGACAUUGAAAAAGAUUGGAGAGAAGAUUACUAACUUCAAAGAGUCAAAAGAAGAGGACAAAUAGAAGUUGUACAUAGUUUAUGGCAAUGUAAAUUCAUCUGAUGAAGAUUACUCAUUCCUUUUGACUGCACUGUAUCAUUGGGAGACUAUGUAUCCUACAUUUACCCUUGAAUUACCAAAGAGUCCUAGUGAAAUAGUAGUCAAAUCAAAACCGAAGGAAGAAGAAAAGAAACUUGAGGAUGGAGUAUCAAAUGAAUCAUAAGCUCAUAAAUUACUUCAGUAAAUCUAAGAAUAAGACAGUAAUAUCGAUCUCCAAGAACUAAUCAACAUUUAAAGAUAACAAAAUCAGCUAAAUGGAAGAGGAGGUAGAGGUGGUAGACCUGUUAAGCCAUCUGAUUAAAGAGGCAAAUUUUCAGCUAUCUUUGAAAGAUAAGUCACUUAAUCUGAACAAUCUAAAUACAAGAUUAACCAAUAUGCUCUUGGCAAAUCAGCUGAGUAGAAAAUACCUCCGGGCUACAGCUAUUCAAGUAACCUCUCAGUUUAUAUGUCUUAGAUUAGUCUUUCAAAGGUUGAUAACAUCUUUGAUGAAAUAAUUAAAUCAACUUGGGAGGAGUGCAAAGAUGAUGAUACUCAAGAGGAGCAAGAAAGAAAACUAAACGAGAGAAAUUUCAAUACCAGGGUCUCAUCCCAUCUUAAAGAUGCGCUUUAAUUGGCAGUCAUUCUGCAUCAAAGAUACUCAGCUCCUCUGACAGAGCCAUUGCCUUACAAAAAGGCUUUAGAGUUUUCAAAUUUACUAUAACAAGCUUACAACAAUCAAUUAGCUCCUAUCUAAAUUAAUCCGUUUAUGAAAGCCGAAUCCAAAGAAAAGAAGCUAUCUAAUGCUAAAAGUGUUGCUCAAUGCUUCCCAUUGUUAGUAAAGACUAUUGAUUCAGGCAAAAAGGCUAAAGAUCUUCCACCUGGAGCUUGUGCUUCAAUAGUAAUUGCACCAAAGCAGCUAGUUGUAUCAAUUGCUGAGAAAAGAGUUGCUCAAAAAUAUGAGAUAAUUGUUGAGACUAAGGGUGCAAGUUUGAAAGCUCUUGAGAAAAAUCCAAUUGAUGGUUUUGCAUGUAAUGUUAUCUCCUAGUAGAUAAGAAGAUAAGGAGCCUCAAUAUCAGUUAUAAUUCAAUAAUAUAUCCAGCUGUUAAGAAGCCUAGUCACUAAAUCGAAGAGAUCAAUCUCAUAGAAACAGAAAGAACAGUAAUUGAAAUUCUCAACUAUUAUUCUAAAUGAGAAAGUUGAUAAGGAAAAGUCGAUUCAAAAGAUUCAAAAGCAAUAGCAGAUAAUUGGAGAUUAGAUAGUCGACAUUUUUAACAAAUCAUUGAAAGCACUUCAAGAUAAGAAUUGGAAGGAUAUUGAAACUAUUGAUAAAUAGAUAAUAGUAGGAAUCAUGGCAUUGAUAGGGGGUUGGAAUCCACCAAUUAAGCAAGGAUAAUCAGUAUAAGUCGAGAUUAAUAAUUAAUGGGUUGAUGCUAUAGUUGUUGAUGAUGGUCUUGGAAAGAAAAGAGCCUCUGUAAUUUUAGAGGACGAUGAUACCUUAGCUGUUCAAAAAAUCCCAGUUGAUAGAAUUAGAGCUAACGAGAAAUAUGAAUGGCCAUUUGAAGGUCUUCUAAGCUACAAAUUAGAUUAAGCUGACUUGUGCAAAGCAGUAAUCAACCUUUAUAAGCAAUAAUAAGAAGAUAAAUCUUAAAACUAAAGUGCAAAUAUAUUAGAUGAAGGUCUAAUACUGCUACUACUACUAAAAGUUAGUUCAAAACUUAAAUGGUAGAUUAGUACAAGUAAUGUUGAAAAUUUCUAAGAAUUUAUGAAAAUUUUGGCUUAAAUCACUAAGGAGCAGUAAGAUGCUGAAGACAAAAAUAAACAGUAUUGGGAAAAAGCAUUUAUUGAUUCUUGGGAGAGAAUACUAGACAAGGAUGAAAAUAAAAAUCAUGACUUCUUCGUGGUUAGAGAAAACUUCUUGAAGGAUGAACAGAUAAUGCCAUCUGCAAUAGAUGAAGAAGUUAAGGAGGAAGCUAAGUCUGAAAAUAAUGGUGAGACCAGCAAAGAUAGCAAAGAUUCAAAAUUCAAGAAAGAUCUUAUGUCAAACUAUGUUGAUAAUGAAUUCGUAUAACCUCUGAGCUCUUAUCUUAAAGGUCUUCCAGAGUAGGUUUCCAAGAAAAAUAGGAGUGAAUCAGCUUUGAAACUUCUUGCAUAUUGGGAAAAGAAUAUAAUACCAAAGAUUAUUGAAUUUGUUAGAACAACAUAUAAACCUUGGGAAAUGGAAUUCUACUUUGAAUAGCUAAGACAUCAUUUAAGAAGUGGUGAAUAGAUAUAAGCCUUGGAUGAUGCAAUGACAAUGUGUGAAAAGAAAAUGCCAUAAGGUUGUAAUCCUCCAGAUGAUAAUCACGAUUGGUCAUCUAAGAUGGCAGAUGAGUGUAUUGUUGAUUCAUGGGCACUUGCAAAGCUCAAAACAUAAAGAGCUAGUAUAUAAAAUCAAUAAGCUGGAUAAUAAUAGUAAAACAAUAUUUCUGGUGAUACAAACUAUCCUUUGUUAAAUAAACUGAUCAAUUUAGGAAUAGAGGAAAUAGUUAUUUUGAUUAAAGCUAUUGAUCUAAAGACUAAUGUAAUUUUAGCUGAGUAUUAGGACUCUGAUACCAUGUAAGUUCACUCAAUUUGGAUUCCAGUUAGCUAUUUGAAUGACUUGCACACUCUUCUCCCUCCAAGAGCAGUGGGAUACACUAUGGAUUCAUUAAAGUAAUAAUUUAACGUAAAUUCCUCAAUGAUCAAGAAGAUAUAUGCAAGGUAGACAUUAAUCAAAUUCUUCUAAUCAUUCUAAGAGAAUUUUUCAGCUAAAUCUUUAACAAGCCCAAGCAAGGAUGUCUAAGCUCAAGAAAUAAUAUCUUGGAGUAUAUGGGAAUCUUUUAACGAAGAUCCCAUAAAUGGAUGGAUGAAAGAUCUUUCUUGCGCCUUGCCUAUUUAAAAUCUAAAAGCUUCAAGGGAUGAUGUAAGCACAGAAGUUAGUACUAAAUCUUAGGAUGAAUCUAAUUUGAUUCAAAUAGUUGAAAAUGUCAGCGAUCACGUUAUUUAUGAGUAGCUAAUGGCAAAUCAAGGUUCAUAACAAAUCCAUAACUAGGGUUUUGAUACCUUAAAUCUAAUUUAGAACAUGCUUUUAAAUACUUUGACAAAUGUAGAUGAUUCUAAACCAGAGACAUUAGAGAGUCCAGAUCUCAAGAUGAUUUUAGAAAUUGUUGAAUGGUGUAUUAUGAAUUGGUAUGGAAUAUCAGACAAUAUUAAGAAUCAGAGAGUAGUAUUUGAUCUCUUCUAGCAAUAUGAAAGCUUCGUCAAUAAACCUUAAUCUCUAGACAAAAACUAAGUUUAAACUUCCAAAUUAAUGCCAUUACACGAUCUUAUUCCAAGAGAUUAACAAUCAUCACCUGCUAUUGCUACUUUACUUAUGUUUAAAAAGAGUGGGGUUCAUUUAACACCAACAUCUAAGAUUUAGUUCUAUUCAGACUCAAAUAAAGUAAAUCUUAUUAGUGAAAUUUCUGCUGGUAGUGAAGGUAAGAGAGACUUGCCACCACUUCUCUUAAAUCAUGGACAUAUUUGGGUUAAUAUUGAUGCAGGAACCACUGCACUUCUACCUAAGCAUUAAUAAAUGGAACAAAAGUCCUCAAGUCUUCCAUGUGCUAUUGUUUAGAUUCCUAAAAUGUGGACAGUCAAUUGCUGGCUAACAGAGACAAUAACUAAUGUACUACUUCAAAAUGCUUUAAAAAGCUAAAAGUUUACAAUUGAAAUAUAUUCAAAGCUUAUUGCCUCUUUGACUAUUUUCUAUUAAGAUGCUAAAGCACCUAGUAUGUUAAAAUCAAUGAUAUUUAGAUUAUUAACCAGAAUAAUCAGAAAACUUAGGUAUAUCUAUCAGUUAAAUCCUAAUAAUAAUGUGGUAAGCAAUGACAAUUUAAAGAAACAUCUUGAAAGCUUAUUUAUAAAUCAAGAAUUCAUUGAGACAUUAUUAUGUGAACUGCUUUUGCACAAGGAGGAGGAAGAGUAGAAUGCUCUAAAUUAUGGUUAAUAAAUUCUAUAUCCUGCUUUUGUUUAAGACUGUGUUGAAUUAAUAUUAACUAUAAUGAUGCCUGUUGAUAAGAAUGUUAGAGUUGAUUCAUAUAAAGAUUUAAUUGAUGCUAAUAAGUUAUCGAUGCCGGAUUGGAUCAAACCUCUUAUUAAGGUUUCAAACAUAAUGCACUACUUUAGCUCAGAAGUUAAACUUUCAGUUGAAAUCCUAAAGGAAAUCUACAAUGAUACCAAACUAAAUCAUCAAUAAUUAGAUUAGAUUUUGGUCCUCUAAGGCAUCCCCAAUGAUCAAGAUAAAUAUCCGAGGUAAUGGAUAAGAUCUCAAAUUAUUAGCAUUCUUGAAAAGCAUGGAGUUAGGAUUUUAAAUCCAUCCAGAGAUAUCAUUCUUUAGCUUGAAGAUAAAUAAGCAGUCAUUAUUGCUGAUGGCUUUGAUCAUAUGCAUCUAGUCAAGGAUGAUGAGAAAUAAAAGGAUUUGAAAGUAGUUGACAGUGAUGAGGAAUAAGAAAAUGAAAUGAAAGUUGAAAUUAAGGAAGAUCCUCCAGCUUUACCAACUCAAUGGGAUUGCCCAAUUUGUACAUAUAUUAAUGCUCUAGGAUCAAGUAUCUGUGAUGUAUGUACAAGUCCUAGACCUCCCAUGGAGUAAAUUGUUGCAGCAUUUUAAGCUUUACUCAAUUAAGGCAACGAUUCAAGUGAUAAAAAAGAAUAGGAAUCUAAAGCUGAGGAAUAAAAGUCUGAGAGAUAAUUGAGAUUUGAAUUAGUAGCUUUCGAUUUGAGCCUAAUAUUUAAGAGAGAAGAGAGAAAGAUCGUUAAGGAGAGAAAGAGAAAAGAAGAGGAGGAAAGAUAGAAAAAGAUUGAAGAAGAGAGAAAGCAAAAGGAAGAAUAAGAAAAAAUCAAGAAGGAACAAGCAGAGAUUGAGAAAAAAGCUUAAGAAGAGGCAAAAAAAAAUGAUAAGAAAUCAAAGAAAUCUGGUGACAAGAAAAAGAAAGACAAAGGCAGUGCUGAAAGAAUUAUCAAAGCAUCUGAUAAUAAUUCAGAUAGAAUCCUAUUGUAAUCAUAAGUUAUUGAGGAGAUGUUUAACAGUUAAAUUUCCAACGAACAUGAACUAAUGAUUGGAAGAAUGAGCCCAGAAGACAUAGCAAACUCUCAAUUGGAGGCCCUUCAAGCUUCUUACCAGGAUGAUGAUUAUGAAGAAGACGGCUUAGAUGAUGAUAAUAUGGAUAGCUCUGCAAGAAGAGAGAGGAUUAAGGCUAAGUUACUUGAAACUGGAAUGAUGGAUCCUUAAAUGCUGGAAUAAGACCCAGAUCUUUUGGAGGCACUUCUAGAAAGUAUGAUGGCAGAGGAGCAAAUUGCUAGAGAUGUAUCGAGGAAGAAAAAAGCUGAAGAGGAAGAAUAAAGAAGGAAAAAUAGAGAGGAAGAAGAAAAGCGCAAAAAGAAAGAAGAGGAGGAAAAGAAGAGAGCUGAGAUGGGAGAUGAAGCUUAUGAGGCUCUAAAGCCUAAAUACACUAAACUAAAGGCACUUGUUGGUAGGAACCAGGUGUUUGAUGAUAUUGAGAGCUCAAGAUUAGUCUAUAAGAUAUUGAGAGAUAGACUUCAAGAUGCACCAAAUGAUUAAAAUUUCCAGUUCUCAGAUAAAGUCAUCAAAAUCCUAAACUAAAUUCAUUAGAACUUCUAGCAAUACUCAAUAGAAGAUUUGUCAUUCCCAAACAGCUAAUUGCUAGAUGAUUUUGAGCUUACCAAAUCAAGCAUAAAGAAUGAAGGUCUAGAAGAAUUUAUAAUGAAAUGCUAAAUGUUGGUUGAAACAGAUGUAAAGCUAUUUAUGAUGAUUCUAGAAUCUCAAGGAUAUGAUUUCUGGCUUGAAAAAGUUGCCUAUCCAACUUACCUUGUUGAAAAUGACUAAUAAGCUGUAAAUAUUCCUUUACUAGAAAAGCUAAAGACAUUUAUUGAGAUUGACAUGUGCAAAGAGACCAAAGGUGUGGUAGCUUUGAGUCCAAAUGAGUUGAGAUUACUGACAAAGAUGAGUCAGGAUGUAGUCAAGAGCACCUCAGAGGAAGAAGUAGAAAAGCCUAUCAACUACUAUGAUGAUACUUUAAUGGGUACUACCUAUCCAGAAGUUAAUGAAAGAUUAUCAAUUACUGAGAUAAGAUACCUUUGGUCAUUACUUAAGAUAUUUAAUAAAUAUCUUGCUCCAGCAGUACCUUACAUCAAUACCUCUCAAAGCAUUCAAGGCAUUCCAAAUAACUCUAUACCCCUCACUUUAUCAGCUUAUAUGAGUUUUACCAGAAAUCUCUGUUUGAUGAAUGUGAAGUUCGAUUUGAGACAUUUGAUUCUUGAGAAGACUUCUAUUCAAAGAGAACAUGCUCCUAAACUAUAUUUUGAAAGACUCAAGUUAGCUCAUAGAAAUAGAGAAUAUGAAGAGGGUAUUGAGGAAAACAGAAGCCCAUAGAGAUAGUCUGAAAAUAACUAGAAUAGCAACAAUCAGGAGGGGUAGAAUCAAGGACAGGCAGGCAGAAAUAAAGAUCAUAAGAGGCAAAUGGACUUUAUGUUUAUGCAGGCAUUUGAGCAGAUUAAAGAAAUGGAUCUAGCGUAACUAAGACCAAAGAAACCUCAAGGUGCUGAGCCUCAUCUAUCUUUCCAUAUAGUAUUUAGAGGUGAGCAUGUCGUUGGUGAGGGGGGCCCUUACAGACAAUUCUUCGCUGAUAUUUCUCAGGAGCUUCAACCAAACAACCUUGGAAAGAAUCCAAAUCAAAAGAUGCUUAACUUACUCAAUCCAAGUGCGAACAAUAGAGCUGGUAGUAACAUUGGAAAAGGAAAGUUUGUCCUUUCACCAUCUAAAAGCACAUCGCAGGAUCUAUCAUUGUUUGAAUUUCUUGGAAUUUUAAUGGGUGUCUGCAUAAGAACAGGUGCACAUAUGAAUCUUGAUAUUCCAUAGUUUGUUUGGAAGUAAUUAGUAGGCUAAAAGUUGAAUCAUGAAGAUCUUAUUGAGAUCGAUCUUGGUUUCUGGAAACUUCUGAACUUCAUGCUUAAUUCGAACAAGAAAUUAUACGAAGACAGUAUUUUCGAAACAUGGGUUGUUACUCUUAGUGAUGAAACAGUAGUUGAAUUAAGGCAAAACGGUAAAGAAGAGAGAGUUUAGUAUGAAGACAGAAUCGCAUACAUCAAGCAAUCAAUCUAAACCAGACUAAGAGAAUGCUCUUUGCAAUGCGAGGCUAUUAAGAGAGGAGUGUCCAAGAUAGUUCCAGAGGCACUGCUUAAUAUGGUUACUUAUAAUGAACUAGAAACUUGGGUCUGCGGUAAAAACAUAGUUGACAUAGACUUAUUGAAGAGACACACUAAGUAUGGCGGAGACACUAAAACAGUUAUUUUGAAUGAGGAAAGCAGAAGAGUAAAAUGGUUCUGGGAAGUACUACGAGAUUUUACUGAGGAAGAUAAGCAGAAGUUUAUAAAGUUCUGCUGGGGUCAGCAGCGACUUCCUGCAAAUGACGAAGAAUUUGAUCGAAGACAAGUCAGAUUUAUGAUAAAACCGGCUAUGAAUAACAAAAACGGGGAUGGCGCAUUGCCUAAAGCUGACACCUGCUUCUUCAAUUUUGAGUUACCUGACUACUCAAGCAAAGAAAUAAUGAAGCAGAGAAUAUUGCUAGCAAUUCACACAGAUUCAGAUAGCAUGAAUGCCGAGGCAGGAGUAACAGACAUUAACAAUCCUGAAAGCAUGCUCAAUAAUAACGGUGAUUUGGAUCACUCCUAUGAUGAAGAAUAUUGA